UUGGAUCUUAUCUCGCAUUGGACACUCGGUGGCACGAGGACUGGAGGUAACACACAAAAAAAAUUAAACAAGAGAGAGAGAGAGAGAGAGAGGGGGGGGGAUUAUCUGCGACCUGCCUUCCGAUCCGCUCAUCCCUGACACGGGGACAGCCGCGCGUAUCUCGCCCCUUUCAUCCCCAUCUUCCAGCGGCGGAUGGACGAGUAGCCCCGGCUGCACUUUCUCCACUAUCUGCUCUUUUGUCUCUAUCACGCCGGAGGGGUGGGGUGUGUGUAGGGGCUGCUCACAUCAUCAUUAUCAUCUUUGUUUUUAAUGGACUGAUCUCUAAUCAGCUGUAAGACUUCGGGACUGUUUUGAUGUGCGGAAGCAUUUUUUUUAUUUUUUUUUGCUCCGCUUGACGUUUGACCCCCACGCCUGACUCCCAUGUUGCAAGUUCGUGGGUGAAAAAGUCCAAACUAUACUUUUAUAUUUUUUUUGGGGGGGGGGGGUUAAAUCUCCACCACAUUGAAUAUGACUUGAUCUGGAGUUAAGGCGCCUCUCCAGAGCGAUUUGAAGUUCGUUUUCAGAAGAUUGCUCUCCUCCUCAACUCUUUGUCAAGGUUCUUAAGGAGGAGCGACUGCCAACGCCGAGAAUUAAAGAUGAUGUUGAGCCCGGACCAGGCGGAGGCGGACCUCUCCUGGACCCAGUCCGACCCGGAGUCGAUGCUCAACGGCCUCAGGUCCACCGGCUGCACCUCGGACGAGCCCGUGGAGGAAGAGGAGAGGGCCAAGUGCCGGUCCGACCAGCCCCUGAGCCGAGAGGAAAAGAGGAGGCGGCGGAGGGCCACGGCCAAGUACCGCUCGGCCCACGCCACCCGAGAGCGGAUCCGCGUGGAGGCGUUCAACGUGGCCUUCGCGGAGCUGAGGAAAUUACUCCCCACCUUGCCCCCGGACAAGAAGCUCUCCAAGAUCGAGAUCCUCAGACUGGCGAUAUGCUACAUCUCCUAUCUCAAUCACGUGUUGGAUGUUUAACAAUAAAAACGGGACAGAACUGGGUUGGGUGGAACUGA